AUGAGACGUAGCACCCAGGUCAAUCAUUCAGUCCUGGGCAGACCUAAACGGUGUUUCAAAUGGCCUAACUGUGUCAAAGGUGACCAGUGUCAGUAUCAUCACCCGGACAGACCAUGCUUUUCAUACCCGGGCUGUAGGUUCGGAAACCGCUGUAUUUAUAUCCACCCGUUGUGUACGUCCGGCACUAGUUGUUCAAAAAAGGACUGUCCGUACACUCACGCAACGGGUCAAAAGGCUCAAGAAAUACGUACGAUCCUGGUCACACACCCUGUCACUUCCAGCUCUAAUGUAGCUAGGACAUUAGCAGCAAAGGGCACUAAAAGUAAUACUACACAAUCAAACUAUUGUAGCCGGGACACGUUCAUCAAGUUCAAGAAAUACGAUGCCAGCAAAUGA